AUGAUCAAAACUAUACAACUAAAACAACUAAGACCUAUUAGCAAACUUGCCAGACCAACAAUUAAUUUAACCAUCACAAGAUAUAAUUCACAAGAAACUUCAUCAAAACCACUUAAUUUUCAUCGUCCUGACAAAGCAGGGUCUACGGAACCUGCUGAUGCUGCUGAUGCUGCUGCAACAAUACUAGCAGAAAUUAGAGACAGACAAAUCAAUCCAAAUAAAGCAACAUGGCUUGAUGCUAUGAAUGAAAGAGAGAAAUUAAAAGCAGAAGGAAAAAGAAUUGAUAGUUUUAGUUAUGUAAAUCCUGUUACAACUGAUGUUACUGAAAAAACAAGAGAUGAUUCAUUUACAUAUUUAUUAUUACCUUUUAAACAAGACAAAUGGCUUUGUGAUGCUUAUAUUAAUGCUUUCAGUCGAUUAAGAGUUGGUAAUAUUUUGCUAGAUCUUGACUCAUUAGCUGGAAGAAUUGCUUAUCGUCAUUGUUCUCCAGCUGAACCUGUUAAUGUUACUGCAAGUGUUGAUAGAAUCUAUAUGGUGAAAAAAGUUGAUGAAAUUUUCAAAUUUAAUUUCGUUUUAGCUGGAUCAGUAACAUGGACAGGUAAAUCUAGUAUGGAAAUCACUGUAAAAGGUUAUGCUUUUGAAGAUGAUAUUAAAGAAGAAAACAUUAGUGCUGAUACUUUACCUGAUGAAAAUGUUUUCUUAUCCGCCAAUUUUACAUUUGUUGCUAGAAAUCCACUCACUCAUAAAUCAUUUGCAAUUAAUAGAUUACUUCCAGUAACAGAAAAAGAUUGGAUUGAUUACAGAAGGGCAGAAAGUCAUAACACUAAAAAGAAACUUAUGGCCAAAAACAAGAAGAUGAUUGAACCAACAGCUGAAGAAUCAAGAUUAAUUUACGAUAUGUGGAGAUCAUCAAAAAAUAUAGAAAGUCCUGACAAAUUAAGUGAUCACUCUAAUGGAAUUUCCUUCAUGAAAGAUACAGUCCAAAAAUCAACUUUAUUCAUGCAACCUCAGUAUAGAAAUCGUCACUCAUAUAUGAUCUUUGGAGGUUAUUUAUUGAGACAAACUUUCGAAUUAGCUUAUUGUACUGCUGCUACAUUUUCUGCACCACCAAGAUUUGUCAGUUUAGACACUACAACUUUUAAAACUCCUGUCCCUGUGGGGUCAGUAUUAACAAUGGAAGCGUCAAUAUCAUACACUGAACAUUUACACAACGGUGAUGAAAAAGCUUAUGUUGAUUCACCAUUUGACUUUAAACUACCAGCAAUGAACAAGAUAAGUUCUAGACCUGAUGUAUUCUUGAAUGAACCAGGAACUUUAGUACAAGUCAAAGUAGAUACAUUUAUUCAACAUCUUGGUUCAACAGAUUCAAAACCUGCAGGUACUUUUAUUUAUUCAUUUUUUGUACCAAAAGUUAGUUCAGCAGGUGAAGAAAAUGGAUUUUUCUCAGUCAUUCCACAAACUUAUUCUGAAAUGAUGACUUACAUUAGUGGUAGAAGAAGAGCUCAAGAAACCGCUCAAUAUGUUGAAACCUUGCCAAAAAUCGAUUCCGAAUAG